GACCAACAGCCGAGCGGCCCCUCGCCCCACCCAACCUGUCCCAGAGGAGGGUCUCAGCCCUUCGUGUGCCGCCAUCCUCAGGUCAGGGGCUGGGCACCAGAAGCCUCCAGGACCACCCAGUUUGCUGACAACAGUUCUUCCUGCCCCCUGCCAGGUGGAGAGAACCCCCCUCCACCUAAACAAGAUGGGGAGUGAGGGUGGAGAGGGGAGUGAGGGGGUGCUGCAUCUGAAUCAGCAUUUUCCUCCAAUGAAAGCCAGGUUGAUGCUCUGAAAUAGCUCCUGUUUCCAUGGCAGCUGUUGCCGGGACAACCGUGUCUCUUUAGCUCCAUGCCAGGUUCCCUGUGAAAACUGAGAUCGUUCUUUGUUUUUGUGCCUCCGCAUGAUGGUUUUGCUCACUGGCCACCACUUGUCCCCUCUGAGCCCGACAGUUUAUUUCCAGGUCUCUGAAAUCGUUUGAGUUUUCACUGGGUUCUGGGGCCCUCUGGCCAUCAGAGCAUCCGACUCAGCAGGCCGAGCCCCGGCCACUCCUCCUGCCUGGGCCUGACUUCAAUUUGGAGUUGCUCUGAGAUGGCUCUGGCAGAGGUGGCCGAGGCACGGAGAAGUGACUGCCCUGCUGAGAGUCACACAGAACAUGACAUCGAAACGCCUUAUGGCCUUCUGCACGUGGUGAUCCGGGGUUCCCCCAAGGGGAACCGCCCAGCCAUCCUCACCUACCAUGAUGUGGGCCUCAACCACAAGCUGUGCUUCAACACCUUCUUCAAUUUCGAGGACAUGCAGGAGAUCACCAAGCACUUUGUGGUGUGCCAUGUGGAUGCCCCUGGUCAGCAGGUGGGGGCGUCUCAGUUCCCUCAGGGGUACCAGUUCCCCUCCAUGGAGCAGCUCGCGGCCAUGCUUCCCAGCGUGGUACAGCACUUUGGGUUCAAGUACGUGAUUGGCAUCGGAGUGGGAGCCGGAGCUUACGUGCUGGCCAAGUUUGCACUCAUCUUCCCCGACCUGGUGGAAGGACUGGUGCUGAUGAACAUCGACCCCAACGGCAAAGGCUGGAUCGACUGGGCCGCCACCAAGCUUUCCGGCCUGACCAGCACGUUACCCGACACGGUGCUCUCCCACCUCUUCAGCCAGGAAGAGCUGGUGAAUAACACAGAGUUGGUGCAGAGCUACCGGCAGCAGAUCGCGAACGUGGUGAACCAGGCCAACCUGCAGCUCUUCUGGAACAUGUACAACAGCCGCAGAGACCUGGACAUCAACCGACCCGGAACGGUGCCCAAUGCCAAGACGCUCCGCUGCCCCGUGAUGCUGGUGGUUGGGGACAAUGCGCCUGCUGAGGACGGGGUGGUUGACUGCAACUCCAAGUUGGACCCAACCACCACCACCUUCCUGAAGAUGGCAGAUUCCGGAGGGCUCCCCCAGGUCACACAGCCCGGAAAGCUGACUGAGGCCUUCAAAUACUUCCUGCAAGGCAUGGGCUACAUGCCCUCGGCCAGCAUGACCCGGCUCGCCCGCUCCCGCACCGCGUCCCUCACCAGCGCCGGCUCGGUGGACGGCAGCCGCCCGCAGGCCUGCACCCACUCGGAGAGCAGCGAGGGGCUGGGCCAGGUCAACCACACCAUGGAGGUGUCCUGCUGAAGCCCUUGGUCCCCUCCAAGACACCCACCUACCCCCGCCCGCAUCGACGUCCCACUGCCAUCCUCAGCCGGCUCAUUUCCCUUUAGUUUAUUUUUGUGAGGGUGAAGGGGAGAAAAUGGGGUUACUUCUCGUUUGUUUUAGAAUAUGAGGGGGUCUAUCUUCGAUGUGGCAGAACCGUCUUCAGAUAGUUUGAGGGGCUCACUCCUCGCCACCCCCAUUUCACCCAUGUUGUUAAAUGGACAUAGACCCUGUCUUCCAACUCCCCACCCCUCGGCACAGUCAGGGUGGGGUCCAGGAAUGAGGAGGACUGGCUAGCAAAGGAAAGUCUGAAUCCUCUAGUCAGGGUGCAGGAUAGUACCUGAGGUUGGUGCAAGCAUGGAUGGCCGGCAGGAUGGUUUAGAGAUGGGAGGGGGUUCGGAGGUGGGGGUGCUGGGAUAGCAGGUGCACAGGGUCAGCUCACUGUGCACCAGUACAUCAGUCUGUCCUCUACGCGGCAGCUUUCUGCACAGCAGCCACAAGGGGGCGCUCCUACCAGGUUGUGGUUUUCCUGGUGCUCUCUGGGCUGGGCUGGUCCUGCAGGGUCAGGCUGGCAGAGGCUGGAAGGGCUUCUCUGCCUACGGAUUAGGACAGGAACCCCACAGAAUGCCCACACACUCCAUCACCUCCUGGUCCUGUCUCAUUUUGGAAGCCGAGAUUCUGAGGCAGAAAAUGGCCUGGUCCUCCAUCUCCAGAUGGUGGGGGUGGGGGAGAAGAGCGGCUGAGGUUAAAGGCUGAGAUACCCCUUGAGCACACACCCCCUGAGAACUUCAUGGUGAACCAGCAGGCAGGUGAGUGAGCUUCCUAUAGACCCUUGUUGGCCCCAGUUCCGUGGAACCCAAUCAGCUGCAGCGUGGCCAAGGUCACUGGAAAUGUGUUUCUAGGGAGAGUUCUGGUCAAGCUGUGCCACAUUUCAUGGAGGUCUCACAAGGAGUUUUUUGACUCAAGUUAGCAAGACUUCCUCAGGCCCACAUAGCCAUAUCAGCCUGCUGGGGGGACUCUGGGCCUUGCUUCGAAUGGGAGGUGAAAGUUCCUGAAGUGGUCAGGGGCUGGGCAGAGUAGAGAGAGGCUCCCCCCACACCCAGCCCCUCCUCCAUCCUGCAGCCCAGUACUUGCCAUAUACUUCCUGCCCCCCAUCACCCAUCGGGUAAAAUCUCCUGGUCCAGAAACCAGAAGCCAUUUGUCUCAGAGCCUAAAUCAGUUGCCUCGCACCCUAAAACAGGUAGAAAGGGGAGAGCAAUGAAAACUGCAGGACAGUGGAGGGGGGGGCAGUGUGUGUGCGGGGUGUUCUGAGGUUGAGAGGACACCUGCAUCCACAUUUCCUCUGCACACAUCACCCCACUAUUUGAAGCCAUUACUAGACUGCUAGAGCCGGGUGGAGGUGUCUGUCCCCAGUUCUAUUCACUCAUGUGCUUCCUUUGAAUAUUGAAUGUGACUCAGCAGCUGGUAGAAUCCCUUACUGUAGAUAGUGCUUCAAAUCUUGGAGUUUUUGUUUGUUUGUCUUGCUGUGUUCUCUCAGAUGAGAUAUCUAUAAAUAUACAUUAUAUAUAUGUAUGUACAUUGGGUCCUCCCAUGUGUGGUUUUCCAUUGGAGGUUGUCUCUUUGGUCAAAGUGAACUUUUAAUGGAGUUUAUUAUCUUCCUCUGUAUAACGUGAAGAGCCUAAAUUUGUGUAUUUGGUGGCUGAUGUCAUGAGACUUUGAGAUGACAAGAUGUAAAACAUAAGAACCCUUGUUGAUGUAGACAGUUAACUGCGCUGAAAAACUAAUAAACUAAGAAC